AUGAGUGAGAAUCUUACUGACAACCUCCCUCCUGCUUCCUUCAUCCUGGUCGGCAUCCCUGGCCUGGAGGAAUACCACAGCUGGAUGGCGGUGGCCUUCUGCCUGAUGUACCUCUUUGCGCUUCUGGGAAACCUCUCCCUGCUCUUCCUCAUCCGAAUGGAGCACAGCCUCCACGAGCCCAUGUACCUCUUCUUGGCCAUGCUGGCAGUGGCCGACUUGACCUUGUCGUCCUCCACUGUGCCCAAAACCUUGAGCGUCCUCUGGUCCUACUCCAAGGAAAUCUCCUUUGAUGGCUGCCUUGCCCAGAUGUUCUUCACCCACAUCAGCUUCAUUGCAGAGUCCACCAUCCUGCUGGCCAUGGCUUUUGAUCGCUACGUUGCCAUCUGCUGGCCACUGCAAUACACCUCCAUCCUGUCUCCCUCCAUGGUGGCCAAGACCGGCUUGGUGGCUCUGGUCAGGAGUUUCUGUGUGAUGUUCCCGACCAUCUUCCUCCUCAAGAGGCUGCCUUACUGUGGGAAAAGGGUGAUGCCCCACUCCUACUGCGAGCACAUGGGCAUUGCCCGCAUGGCCUGUGCCAAUAUCGCUGUCAACAUUUGGUACGGCUUUGUGACAACCCUUCUGUCUCCCGGCUUAGACGUUUUCCUCAUUGCUGCUUCUUACCUCCUGAUCCUCAGAGCUGUCUUCAGGUUUCCUUCCAAAGACACCCGCCUGAAGGCCCUGGGGACCUGCGGCUCUCACGUCUGCGUCAUCCUGAUGUUUUACACCCCAGCCUUCUUCUCCUUCUUUGCCCACCGGUUCGGCCAUGGCAUCCCCCAGGCUGUCCUCAUCCUCCUGGCCAAUCUCUACCAACUGCUGCCACCAAUGCUCAACCCCGUGGUCUAUGCCGUAAAAACCCAGCUGAUCUGGAAGAGGCUCAGCAGGGCCUUCGGCAAGUGAGGCAGGGGUCCCCACUGCACCCACAAACGAGGUGGGGGCGGAGGAGCCAACUUCACCAACCCUCAUUUCUGUUGCUUGGAUGGAGUUUUGCACCGUGAGAAAACGGUUGGACUCCACUCCAUCCUAU